AUGCUGACCUUACUAGUACCAAUUAAAGGGGUUGCUCAAAGUCUGGGACUUCCAGUUCAUGAGGCGGAUACUUUUCGGGGCUGGAAUUUGCCCAGGCCACAGAAUGAGGCUAUAAAUCUCAUAAUAGCUGUCUCGUUUGGUUUGUUUAUACCACCUCGCAUCCUCAAAGCGGCUGAAUAUGGUGGGCUGAAUGUCCACCCAUCUCUAUUACCGAACUUUCGCGGCCCUGCACCGCUACAUCAUAUGAUUAUGGCCGGAGAGAAGACCACAGGUUUUACAGUUCAGACUCUAGACCACAAAUCCUUUGAUCAUGGAGUCAUUCUAGCGCAAACACCUCCGCCAGGCCUUCCAAUCCCACUAGCAGAUAAAUGCACUUAUGAUGACCUGCUUCAAUUUGUCAAACCAAGGGCUUCGGACAUGCUCAUCCAAACUUUGCGAGAUCGAGCAUUUGUACCGCCUCUUGUUGAAACUGGAGGCUACAAAUUUGAAGAUCUAAAACAUGCUCCAAAGAUUACGCCGGAAGACCGACAUGUUCGAUGGGACGAAUGGGACGCGGCUACGAUAUAUAGGCGGCACCGUGCUCUUCAGCGCCUCUGGAAUAGAGUGUGGGUUGAUGGGAAAACCGAGAAACGGAUCAUAUUCGAGGAUCUUGAGUCGGUACCAGUGACAGAAAACUACUUCCCACCUGGGAUUACGGACAUCGCUGAUGAGCUGAAACUGUCUUACCGCAAUCAAGAAAGGGAUGAACAGCUCCCCCUCGAAUACGUCGUCUUCUCCACCGCUGAUGGGGAGAAGAAACCUCUCUUCUAUGCGCCUGAUGGAGAUGCCAUUAUCGUUCUCAGCGACAGCCAUCAGGCUCUCAGAGUAAAGAAUAUUACGGUCGAGGGUCAAAAGAUGAAGCCUGCUAGACGCGUGAUGCAAGCUAUUGGCCGUAGUGGAGCAUGGCAGCUUGCGUUGGAUCCAAAGGGCGGUAAUCAGGUGCCAUCAGUGCAACUAGUUGAAAAUGUACAACAAAACUAG